UCAUUUCACUUGUUCAGAUAAAUCCCAAAAGAUUUGGGCUUCAACAAUAGGAGGCCCAUUUGGCAAAACAUUUGGGAAAGUUUCUGCCUCCUUCUUCUUCUUAGCUCUCUUCUGUUUCGCAAAUGCUCUAAAACCCCCCAAAACCCUACUAUCUCCGACCACCGCGAUGGCAUCGUCGCUAAUUAUCUACCGCCGUAGCUUGAGAGCACUCUCCUCCCUCCACCAUUCCUUUUCAGCCACUUCAUCACUCCCAAUCAGCAGCCACAUUUCAUCAUCACCAUCAUGUUCACGCCGGGAAUCAUCGCCGUAUGUCAUCGGCGUUCAAUCGCGUUCAUUCAGGUCUACGUCAAUUUCUCUCCUGUCUUCUCGUUACACAGAAACCCCCGACGAGAUUGGUCCUGAUACCAUCCUCUUCGAGGGUUGCGACUACAACCACUGGCUCUUCGUCAUGGAUUUUCCCAAAGACAACAAGCCUUCACCCGAAGAAAUGGUUCGCACCUACGAAGAGACCUGUGCCAAGGGUCUCAACAUCAGUGUGGAAGAGGCAAAGAAGAAAAUUUACGCUUGCAGCACAACCACUUACACUGGCUUUCAGGCUGUGGUCACUGAAGAAGAGUCCAAGAAAUUUGAAAGUCUUCCCGGAGUCAUCUUUGUGCUACCGGAUUCGUAUAUUGACCCUGUCAACAAGCAAUAUGGAGGAGACCAGUACAUUGAUGGAACAAUCAUCCCUCGGCCUCCACCCAUACAAUACGGGAGAAACCAAGGAGGAAGACGAGACUUUAAUCGACAAGGACAAGGGAAUCCCUCUUACAAUAAUCAGGGUGGAAGAAACUUCGGACCUUCACAAAAUUAUCCACCCCAACAAGGAUCACAAGGAUAUCCACCCCAACAAGGAUCACAAGGAUAUCCACCCCAACAAAAUUAUUCACCCCCGCGCAACAUUGAUCAAGCCCCACAGAAUUACUCCCAACAACAAACCUUUGGUUCUGCUCCACCACAACAGAGCUUUGGAUCACCAGGACAAGGAGAAAGAAGAAAUUAUGCACCGCAGCAGAACUUCGGACCACCGGGACAAGGGGAAAGAAGAAAUUAUGCGCCGCAACAGAACUUUGGACCACCGGGACAAGGGGAAAGAAGAAAUUAUGCGCCACAACAGAACUUCGGACCACCAGGGCAAGGAGAAAGAGGAAAUUUUGCGCCACAGCAGAACUUCGGACCACCAGGACAAGGGGAAAGAGGAAAUUUCGCUCCACAACAGAACUUCGGACCAACAGGACAAGGAGAAAGAGGAAAUUUUGCUCCUCAACAGAACUUCGGACCACCAAGACAAGGAGAAAGAAGAGACUCUGUGCCUAGUGAAGGUGGAUGGGAUUUCAAACCGUCGUAUAUGGAGGAAUUCGAACAGGCCGACAAGGGGAAUCAUCAUGCAAGAGAACAGUCAGGUUCCCAGCAAAGAUUUCCACCUCCGGGCCCGGGCAAUUUUCCCGGAUAGGGAAGAUAUUAAUCGUUGUCUGAGUCAUGUUGGUCAGCCUGUAUCAAAGUUACCAAGUUUUUUCUUAGCUGAUUGCAUGUCCUUACUGAUGGGGUCAAAAUUGAAUCUAUUGAGUUGUCAUUGUAUAUAUCUUUCCAUGUUCUGUUUUCAUUACAAAGAUGGAUGUUGCGUGUAAGGCUCAUACUAGCUGCCUCCUGGUUUGAAUUGACAUGUUUGAACUGGUUUACAUGCUGGAUGACUCUUUCUUUCCUUGAUGAUGAACAUAUUGGACAUGGUUUUGUUAUCA